AUGCCUAGGGGUCAAAAGAAUAAGCAUCGCAAACGUAUGAAAAAUAAAAAACGCAAUCAUGAGAAACAUCAUCAUGAAAUAGAUAAUUCUCAGAAUCACAAGGGAGCCCUGGAUAGUGCAGCAGUGGAAGAAAAGCCUUCCUGCUCCUCCUCUUCUGUGCUUGGGGAAAUUUCUGAGAAGUCACCUGCUUCUGAAUCAAGUAGUGCUACUAUUGAGUGCCCUUCCUGUGCACCUUUACCUGUCACUACUAGCAAUGAUGAUACAGAAUUUGAUGAGGGUGAAUACUGCCAUGAUGCGGGACACUCACUUCAUUCAGAAUAUCAACCUUGCCAUGAUAAUCCAUGCAAAGAUUGUCUAGAUAUGUACGUGGCUUUUGUAGAGCAGUGCGUACUCUACAAAUUUAAAAUGAAACAACCCAUUACUAGAGAAGAUUUACUAAAUGUUAUUGGCCCAGACUACCAGUUCAGAUUUCAGGAGAUAUUUAAGAGAGCUUUUGAGCACAUUGAAAUUAUGUUUGCAGUUGACGUGGUAGAAACUGACUCAACUAAUCACUUAUACGACCUAGUCAGCAAGAUACAACUCCCCAACAAAGGAAGGGUUUGUGCUGGCAGGGGUUUACCAAAAACUUUUCUUCUUAUGACUCUUCUGUCUCUGAUUUUGGUGAAGGGUAAAUCUGUUGCUGAGAAAGAGGUCUGGAAAUACCUGAAUACGAUGCAAGUGUACCCAGGGAGGAAGCAUUUCAUCUAUAGAGAGCCCAGGAAGCUCAUCACUAAAGAUUUUGUGAAACUCGAGUACCUGAAGUAUCAGCAGAUACCAAAUAGUGAUCCUCCACAAUAUGAGUUCCUUUGGGGUCCAAAAGCUUACAAUGAAACUAUCAAGACAAAAGUCCUAGAAUUUAUUCGUAAACUCAGUGACAUUGAACCCAGUCAGUUCUUCACACAACAUGCAGAAACAGUGAGAGAAGAAACUGGAGCCAAUCCUGGCACUAAUGCCAGGCCAAAACCAUCACCAUGUCCAGAGGGUUCUGAAACCUCAGUAAAUUAUGAGCCUUUAUCUUCAGACAAGUAA